AUGAUCCUUGUGGAAGGAAUACCGUCCUCCAUCGAUCCCACUCUCCGUCCGCGAAUAUGGAAGAUCCUCCUCCGUGUAAACGAACUCCCUACCGAUACCUAUCUUCAUUAUGUCUCGCGAGGCCCGUGCCAAGUCCGAGAGAAGAUUAGAAAUGACACAUUUCGGACUUUGGCAACUGAUAAAGGUUUCAAGGAGCGUGUCCGAGAAGAUAUGUUGGUGCGUCUCCUUGAUGCUUUCGUUUGGCGAAGCCAUGACAGACAGGAGAGCGACCAGCUGGGUUUCACUUACGUCCAAGGGAUGAAUGUCCUUGCCGCUCCUUUUCUUUAUACUAUGCCCUCCGAGGUUGAGGCAUUUUUUUGCUUUUCGAAGUUUAUCGAAGAAGCGUGCCCCUUGUAUGUUCAACCCACUCUCCAGGGAGUUCAUCAAGGUUUGAAGCUUCUUGAUCGAUGCCUUCAAUUUGUAGACCCUGAGCUCUAUGGGUACUUGCGAUCCAAGAAUCUCUCUGCCGAAAUUUACGCGUUUCCCUCAAUUUUGACCUUGUGUGCAUGUACUCCACCUCUGGAUCAAGUUCUUCAGCUUUGGGACUUUUUGCUCGCAUUUGGGGUUCACCUCAACGUGUUAUGUGUGAUUGCCCAGCUCCUAUUGAUGAGAGACGAGGUGAUGGCAUCUUCGAGCCCCAUGCGAUUACUUCGAACCUUCCCUCCAUUGGAAGCCCUUCCCGUGAUUGGUAUUGCCGUCACGCUUGUGCGAGAUCUUCCUCCAGAACUGUAUGAUGAAUUGGUCAAACAUCCGUUCGAAGUAGUUCACUAA